GAGGAGCAAGAUGAGAGAAAAAACAAAGAGGAGUGGAAAGGCGUGCAGAGCGAUAGGGAGGGAGGGGAAAGCGAAAGUGUAGUGAGAUGAGAUGAGAUGAGGUGAGAUGAGAGCGCUAUCCAUCCAUCUGAUUCAGAGAGAGUGAGAGUGAGAGUGAGAGUGAGAGUGAGGAACAAGGAGGAGGAGGAGGAUUCCAUGCCCAUGCCCAUGCCGGAGAUCUGAUUGACACCAGGCAGGCAGCUACUGUAAGCUUCUUCUCAUGGCGCCCGCCAUCGGCAUUGCUCUCCUGCUGCUGCUGCUGCCGCCGCCCGCCGCCCCCUUCUCCAUCGACUUCUUCCCGGCAUCCCCCUCUCCGCCGCGCCUCGCCCUCUCAGGCGCCGCCUCCCUGCGCCCCACCGCAGUCUCCAUGGCCUCCCCCACCGCCCGCCUCCAGCUCACCGACCCCGUUGCCCUCGGUCCCGCAUUCUCCACCUACUUCUCUUUCUCCCUCUCUCCCCCUCUUGGCCCUGGCUCCUUCGCCUUCUUCCUCACCCCCGCGGCCGUCCACCACCCCCUCCUCCUCGCCCUAGUCUACGAUUCUGCCGGCCGCGUCCGCCUUGACCUCGCCGGCCACACGGUCGCCGCCUCCACUCAGGCCCACCCCUCUGCCCACCUACAUUCCUGGAUACACUACAAUGCCACCUCCGCCACGCUCCAGCUCCGCCUCUCCGCUACCUCGCGCCGCCCCGCCCUACCGCUGCUCACCCUGCACCCGCUCCCUCCCUCCGCCCUCCUCCUCCUCCGGACCAAGCCCAUGAUCGCCGGCUUCACCUCCUCCGCCGCCAACUGCACCCUCUUCGCCUGGGCCUUCCGCGCCAACUCCUACCCAAUCAUGCACAUGCACUCCCAGCCGCUCGAUCCCGCCCACCUGCUCACCACGCCGCCCCCUCGCCGCACCCCUCGCCCGCAGCACUACCCUUACCCCUGGGGCGCUGCGCUCUCGCUGCUCUUCGCCGCCGCCUCUGGUGCCAUGCUCACAUUAUUCCUGCUCUUCGUCUGGUACUCCCUGGUGGCGCGGCGCCGCCCCGUCGCGCCAGUCACCCCGUCCGACGUCGUCUAUGAGAAGAUUGUGCUUGUUGGGGUCAAGGAUGACGACGCCGCUGCUCCGCCUCUGGCUCUUGCUGUACCUGGUAGCUUGGAGCGCGGGCGACUGCGGCGAUCAGCCGGCAGCGGACGAGUGGCGGGCGGCCGACAAGCUAGGGCAGUGCGACCGAGGCAGCUGGACAGCAUAGCUGGGCGAGGGCGGCGGCGGCCGGUCUUGUGGCGGCCAAGGCGACGACCGGUCUCGGGGCGGUGAGUGCGCGGGCACGGCGGUGACGGUGACAAAGGGGACUGUUGGAAAGUGGACACAGAUCGAUCGAAGUAUCGAACACCUUUCAGCCGCACUGUAGCAGUCCGGCACAGCAAGGAAAAGAACAGAGCAGAGCAGAGAUGACAAAGAAAACUGAAGAAGCAAGAACGCAAUUUCUGAACAGAGCUUUUGGGGCAAUUUUCGUUAUCUUUUCAACUGAAAUAAAACUGAAUGCACGAAUACAAAAUGAUGCGACUACAACUACUUAUAAGCUGUGAGUUAACAAUCUGAUCCUAAUAAGAAGGAAGACUAAGCACGAUCCCUGCCAUGCAUCCUGCAUCACCACGUUGCAGACCGUUACGUCCCGCGUCGUCAGGAUCAGCUAGGGCCGCGCCUGGAAUAACUGUAACAGGGACGGUCAUGCUGACGGUGGCGGCAUAAGACGACUGAGGCAGCGCCAUAGAGGGGACGGCACAUCCAGGCGGGGGUCACGGUGAACGGGCUGGUGGCGGCGGCAGCUGCAGCUGCUUUAAACUUAGCAUUGGAAUUUAAACACACGAGUGCAUGUGUCAUGGCAAUUUCAUAUCAAGCGACUACUACUUGAAGCCUUUCGUGAGUACAGAGCCGGAGGUGAGGGUGGUAGAGAGGAUGAACAACUGAACAACGACGAGUUCCUGAUCCUGGCAAGCGACGGGCUAUGGGAGGUGGUCUGCAAGAGCGCCGGGAACUGCCUCAACGACAGCGCAACGGCCAUGUGGCAUGGAGACGGCGUUGCUGAAGCGGACGGAGAGCAACCACCCGCUCAGGCCACUGCAAGCCCCCGCCACCCCGACUCGCUCGGCUCUGCCACAAGCUGCCACCGACCCUGCUCGCUCCCUCUCGCCCGGCUCCGCUACCAACCAUUUGCGUUCACGUUCGCGCCAUCGCCCGCCACUCAUCCGUAACCCGCCAACCGCCACAGCCGCCUGCGCCGCGAGCUACCCGCACCGCACGGGAGAGGAGAGAGGAAGAAGAGAGAGAAGAGGAAGGGAGAUAGUGAAGAGAAAAUAAGGAAAUAGGAAAAAAAAGAACGAGAGUAGGAGACUUACUUGUGAGUCUUAUAUUUUUUUUAUUUUUCUUCGUACUGACUAGGAUGUCACAUCAAUGAAACCAUAUAUACAUAUUGCCCUUAGACCUAAUCUACACGGUUUUGAAUAUUUGAGGGAAUAAGAUUUCUAAUAUUAGAGUUUAGGGAUAUCUUGCAGACUCGAUGUAACGUUGAGUGACGACAGAUGAACUUAUUUCACUCAACUCAAGAGAGCUUUCUUCCUCCUACUUGGCCCUUGUGCUUAGAAUUGAAUCAAUCCCUGUCUACAAUAAAUAGUGCUCCUAGUAUUGUGCUAGCAGGAAUUUAUUCAGCACAGCAGCGCUAGCCGAGACGACCUCCCGGCCUCUCCUUUUUCCCUCCCAAAACAAAUUAGGAU